UUCGACUGCAAGAUAUUUCCAGCUCGGCGUUUGGCUCGGAGAAGCCUCGUGGAUCUCCGCGCCCUGUGUAAACGGACAGCACAGGAUACUUUUGACUAUUUAAUUACAUCCAGUCGCCCGCCUCUGUUGAUGCCACUGGUGCCCUGUACAUAUCGACAACACCACUAGACGGCAAACACUUGUACUUUUCUGGUACAUUUCCAUAUCCACACUAUCAACCCACCGUCUUCAACAUGCCCAUCGACCACGUCGGCAUCCAAGUCGCCGAGACAGACCUCGCCACAACGGUCGCCUUUUACACGGCCGCACUUGCCCCCCUCGGCUACAAGGAGAUGAUGCGCUUCCCCACCGCUUCGGGCACCACGGCCGUCGGGCUCGGCAGCGGCGCCCACUCCGACUUUUGGAUCACCGGCAUGGCCGAAAAGGCCAACACCAACACGCACGUCGGAUUUCGCGGUGACCGAGCCCAGGUGGAUGCUUUCCACGCUGCUGCGGUCAAGGCCGGUGGCAAGGAUAACGGGGCCCCGGGACCGAGGCCGCACUACGGGCCGGCUUACUAUGGCGCGUUCGUGAUUGAUCCUGCUGGAAACAAUGCAGAGGUUGUCUGCCACGAUGCACCUGCAAAUUAGGCCGGCCCGCUUGCGUGGAAAAACCAGAAGAAAAAAAAAAAAAAAAAAGGCGCCCGCCGGGUGUGAAAGCCUAGGCUGCCGAGACAUGAAACUAUUGACAAUAUAAUUCAUUGAUGACUCUUGAGCGUGUCCAAAGUCCAACGGCGAAACUUGUCGUCGUGGAUUGGCCGGAGCAACUGUGAACAGUCUAGCCUAGUCAAGCAGGUUAGGUAGGUUGUAAGCAAGCUUCUAGAUAGAACUAGACUAGACUGUUUUUGGCACUUUCAUUCUCCAAGCCGGCAGAGAAUAUAACAAUUGUACAGCAAAUAGUUGUUUUCUUCAUCGUACAACAUCGCAAGAACAGAAAGGAAU